GGCACCCCUGGAUGUUCUUCCAUUUUUUAAAUAGCUUCUUGUUCUUGUUUCUUGGAUGUAGUAACUUCUCUUACAGAUCUGGGGCUGUUAAUACAAAUUUGGGGGACUUCUCUGCAUAGUGUUCUUUUCUCCAAGUUGAUUUUUUCCCAAUUGUUUGUUUUUGACUUCCCACUUUCAUACUAGAGAUUUUUCUCAGGAGUCAUCUUGGACAUCUGCCCACUUGAGAAUAGACAGAGAAGCCCAUUGGAAGCUGGGCAUGUGGAUGGGUCUUUCUGACCUCUAUUGUCAUAAUGUGCUCUGCUGGUCUAUUUCACUGGGGGACCUCCUGAUAUCCUUGCUUUUAGGUCUUUCCCCCUGAGUGGGGUCAUUUUUCUGACAGGCUUUUUCAGUUUGCUGUCAAGAGAGUAAAAGCUGGCUGCCAGGCUUUGGGAGGCCAAGUAGGAAAUCAGGCUGGGGAGCGCAGCCCCCAAAACAGAUAUGGGCUACCCUCCCCAGCAGGAUCCUGGUGCGGUGGUGCCUGGUGGCCCCAGGACAGAGACCAGGUCCAGAGAAUAACGUCCUAACCUGACUGCCACUCCAUCCCCAAGGCCCUGGAACACCGCCUCCUAAUAUCUGACAAGUGUGGCCACUUCUCUCCAUAUGCACUGCCAUCACCCAUGGAAUGUGCCAGCAUCUCCCACCUAGAUCCCUGAUACAGCCACCAUAACUUGCCUCUUCCUGGCCUUUCUGUACCCAGAAACCAAGAUGGCUCUUUCAUGUUACUUUCCUGCUCAACUCCCUCCGCAACUUUCUGUGCCUUCAGGACACAGUCCCGCUCUUCAGUGGGAGCUCAAGGCCUCCACGGUCUGGCUUCUCCUUACCUCAGCACCCCCUUCCCUGCCCCAACCCUCUGCAUCUCAGUGGGCCACACACCUCUGUCACUUGUGCCAAGUUAUCACCUCCUUCUGAAAGUCUCCCCAGGUCCUGGUAUCUUCCACACCAUCUGAGAUUGCCUGCUCUUCCUUGGGCCCCUGGAGGGAAGGUCUGCUCCGCCAUAUUGGCGCUGAGUGCUGUUCAGCUUGGGCCCAGCACCCAGUACCCAAGAGGUGCUGAGCUGAACUGAACCCUGGAGGUCACUGCCACUUGCAGCUCUGGAGAGCUCAGUCCUGGGAGCUGACUGCCAAGGGAAGGACCCUCUGACCUAUUCUACUGGCAUCAAGCCUGCCACCGGUAACUGGUGCCCUUACCAGAAGUCUAGGCUGGUCACCUAUGUAGCUGCUUGCAAAAUGGAGAAAUUCCUCGUCCACUCGCAGCAGCCAUGUCCACAGGAGACUCCGGGCUGCCAGAAAGUCAAAGUCAUGUACCGCAUGAUACACAAGCCGGUGUACAAGGUCAAGCAGAAGGUUCUGGCCUCUGUGGCCUGGAGGUGCUGCCCAGGCUUUUCGGGCCCUGACUGCCAGCACCACGAUCCCACGGCAAUCCUUGAGCCUGAAGAUCCAAGUGAUGGCUUCCAGGAGUCUUGGGAAGGGCCAGCCGGCUUUGAAACCGGCCACCCAGAUGUGGAGACCGGCAACACCAUGGUGCUGCAGGAAGACCUCCAGAAUGAUAUUCACCAGGUGGCAGACAGCCUCCCAGGCCUGAGGAAGGCCCUGGAAAGCAACCUCACAGCUGCGACCAUGGAGGCAAAUCAGACGGAGCCUGAGUUCCGCGGCAGAUCCCCGGAGCAGGUGCUACUGCCCCACAUGGACGCCUUCCUGCGAGAACAUUUCAGCCCCAUUUGGAGGAGCUUCAACCAAAGCCUGCACAGCCUCUCCCAGGCCAUCAGAAACCUCUCUCUUGACGUGGAGGCCAACCAGCGGGCCAUCAGGGGGGUCCGGGAGAGCACCGUGGCCAGGGCUGACUUCCAGGAGCUCGGCGCCAAAUUUGAGACCAAGGUGCAGGACAACGCCCAGAGAGUGGGACAGCUGCGGCAGGAAGUGGAGGACCGCAUGCACGCGCAGCGCCUCUCCCUGCAGCAGUCCCUCUCCGAGGUCCACACCGAUGUGGACGCCAAGCUGAAGCGGUUCCUCAAGGCCCAGGGGGCCGUGGGCGCCAACGGCAGCCUGGUCCCCGUGGCGGCGGGGGCGGCGGCCAGGCCCGAGCCCGAGAGCCUGCAGGCCAGGCUGGGCCAGCUGCAGAGGAACCUCUCGGCGCUGCACAUGGCGGCCGGCCGCCGGGAGGAGGAGUUGCGCGACACCCUGGCGGACAUGCGGGCCACCCUGGCGCAGCACGUGGAGGAGAUCAAGGAGCUGUACUCGGAAUCCGACGAGACCUUCGAUCAGAUCAGCCAGGUGGAGCGGCAGCUGCUGGAGCUGCAGGUGAACCACACGGCGCUGCGCGAGCUGCGGGUGAUCCUGAUGGAGAAGUCGCUGAUCAUGGAGGAGAAUAAGGAGGAGAUGGAGCGGCAGCUCCUGGAGCUCAACCUCACCAUCCAGCACCUGCACGGCGCCAACGCCGACCUAAUCAAGUACGUCAAGGACUGCAACUGCCAGAAGCUCUACUUCGACGCGGACGCCGCGCGGCCCCUGGAGGAGGCGCAGGUGGGCCUGGACGAGCGGCGGCAGCCCGAGGGCUCGUCCCUGCAGGCCCUGAGCGGCGCCGUGGCCGCGCUGUGGCGCGCGGUGGACGAGCGGCGGGAGGAGGGCGAGCGCGCGCGGGCCGACGCGGCGCGGCUGCGGAGCCAGCUGCGGGCGCUGGACCGCGAGGCGAGCGCGCUGCGGGCGGCGCACGGGGAGGCGCGGCGCGAGCUCGGCCAGCUGCACGGCUACUUCAAGGCCCUGCUGGACGACGCGCUGCGGCACGAGGCCGUGCUGGCCGCCCUUUUCGGGGAGGAGGUGAUGGAGGAGAUGUCCGAGGAGGCGCCCGACCCGCUGCCGCUGCGCUACGAGCAGAUCCGCGCCGGCCUGCAGGACGCCGCCAGCGGGCUGCAGGAGCAGGCGCUCGCCUGGGACGCGCUGGCCGCCCGGGUGGCGGCCCUGGAGGCGGCGGCGGGGGUGGCCGGAGGGCGGGUCCCGGCCGGGCUGGCGCAGGAGCUGGAGCGCCUGGACGCCGACCUCCAGCGGGUGGGCCGCUGCUGCGAGGCCUCCGGGGCCUCGUCCCGCAACGGCUCCCUGGAGGGCCUGCAGGAGGCGCUGUCCGCCACCCAGCGCGACUUGGAGCAGCACCAGCGCCUCUUCCACAGACUCUUCGGAAACUUCCAAGGGCUUUUGGCCGUCAACGUCAGCCUGGACCUGGGAAAGCUGCAGGCCACGCUGAGCAAGAAAGGGAAGAAGCACCAGAAAGAUCUAGAAGAUCCUCGGAGGAGGGACAGGAAGGAAGCAGAGCCUGGGGCGGAUGCGCGUAUCAAAGGGCUGGCGCUUUGGGAAGCAGGCUCCCCUGUGGCCUUCUAUGCCAGCCUUUCGGGAGGGACGACCACCCUGCAGACAGUGAAGUUCAACACUACUUACAUCAACAUUGGCAGCAGCUACUUCCCCGAACAUGGCUACUUCCGAGCCCCCGUGCGUGGGGUCUAUCUGUUUGCAGUGAGCAUUGAAUUUGGCCCAGGGCCAGGUACGGGGCAGCUCGUGUUUGGAGGUCGCCAUCAGACCCCUGUCGCUUCUACCGAAGAGCGGAAGGGCGGAAGCACAGCAACAACCUUUGCUAUGGCCGAGCUGCAAAAAGGCGAGAGAGUGUGGUUCGAGUUAACCCAGGGAUCGGUAAUACCGAGGAACCCGCCAGGCACGGCGUUUGGGGGGUUUCUCAUGUUCAAGACCUGAACACUGGACACAGCCCCGACCACACGUGGCAGGCUCGCCCAGCUCUCCUUGGCCUGGAGCCCUGGCCAGGGUUGGUCUGGAGACAGACCAUCCAGUUGGUCCAAUCCUUCCUGGAAAACUUUUGCAAAGACAGUGUGGUGUACGCGGCCUCCCUCUAGAUGUACUGGGUUUCGCUAUUUCUUAUGGACAGGAAGCACCGGGAUACUUCUCUCUGGGCAGAGCCUGGCCCCAGAAGUGUGAGUGUUAGCUUGCCGCGGCCUCCGAGGCCACGUGGCUUGGACCCUGGCUGGCUCUUUGCCACACCCCGUGUCCUACAGCAUCAUUGGUGUGUUGCUCCUCCCGUGGUUGGAAACUUUAAGUCUUUCUCCCACUUCUCCCUAACCGUACGCUAGACAACCAUUCUUUCCCAGAAGGAGUAGGUUCAAAAUGGAGGUGACGUUUUGGACAAUGUUGGAAACCACUCUCUACCCACUUCGGGCCAGUAGGAGAAAACCAACCAGUUUGGCCUUGAUUAGACAUGGGGACAAAGGAACACUGAGUGACCAAAGGAACAAAAUUAUUAUAAUCUUAGUUUCAGUCCUUCCUUGAAUUUAUCUGUAACCUUAAUUCACUUCUUUUUCUCCUUGCUUCCAGAAGAUCAAGGCCAAGGCAUGCCAGACAUGAACUAAAGUGUGUACAAUCUUCACUUUUUUUUUUUUUUUUUUUAACUUCCUCCACUGGCUCAUGAUCACCCUGAUUCUUAUUAGCAUCUCUCACCCAGGAGGAGGCUGAGGGAGGAAGUGAAGGAAGAUUGUCAAUAUCUUCCUCAGUCCUGAUCAGCUCUGGAAUAAAGCAAUGCCCUUCACCUCU